AUGCCGCCGAAUCUGAGAGCUGUGGUUGCGCAGUGUAACCGGCUUGGCGGGAGAUCAAAUGGAUGUCGCCAAACUCGCAAUUUCAGUUCAACGCCUGAGCUGGAGGGAAUGGGAAGAAGACUUGUGGCCAAGUGGAUGAGGACUUCAGUGUUCCCAUGGGCAGCUAUUGGAUUCAUGGGAUUCUCUGGCUGGGAAGCGGUAGGGCUAAUAAGAUACUACUUGAAGGCCAAGGUAACCCUUGAAGAAUUCGAACUCCGGAAACAACGUCAUAAAGAAGUGGUAGCCAAGGCGGGGCGUGAAAUAGAUGAAAUUUUAGCUAAAAGAAGAGGGAAGAUGAAUUGA